AAGAAAAGAAGGGACAAAGGAAGAGUCAAUCUGUGUCAGCUUCAACAGCUAAGUAAUGAAAAUACCAAACAAGACCUUUACUUGUCUUCGACAACACUUUCUGGCAUCUCCACCUCCUAUAUAAUUUUUAUUUUUUUUAUCUACAAUAAUCAAGAUUCUCACAAUUCAGCUCCUGCUUUCUUUUCACAGCAGGUCAAUACAUACAUAUUGAACAAAUCCAGGCUCUUCCAAUACCCAGCCAUAGCUCACAUGGAUCCAAAUGCUGCCAUUGAGGAGAGAAAGGGUUUCAGGAAUGGCGUUGAGUUAGUGAAAUCUGUCUCUGAUAAGCACAUUGAUCUCCUCAGGCCAUCUGCUCGAUACUAUACAGCAUCAAAGGGGCAAGCAACAGAUGCUGCAGAUGGAGAAAAAGGAAAGUAUACUCUUAUUAGAGAUCCUGAGGAUUUUCAAGGGAUUUAUGACAAGCCCCUUCCAUGCUUUGGCUGUGGGGUAGGAUGGUUUUCUUUUCUUUUGGGAUUUGUGUUCCCAUUGAUGUGGUAUUAUGGUACAUUUCUUUACUUUGGAAAUUACCAUCGAAGGGAUCCAAGGGAGCGUGCAGGCCUUGCUGCUGCUGCAAUUGCUGCAAUGGUGUUUUCUGUCGUGUUGAUGGUCAUAGCAGCUUAUUUUUCUCUAUUUUAGGCCUGGUAAUCCGCUUCCAAGUUUGUUAGGCUUCACAUUUUCAAAACAAAACAGAUUCAAAUUUCUUGCAUGUGCAAUGUAGAUAACAUGUCAAAGCGGAAGAGCAACAAAGAAUAUGUUGAUACGAGAUCCUUCACAGAUGGAGAUACCUUCUCGGCUACACUAAAACAUAUACAAAAUCUUAAAAACAUUCUUUCCCCGUCUGCUGGCCUAAUGUAAAGGCUCGAGCAGAGAAAAUUCUCAAUUAGCAUGAAAUUUACUAGUGAAUUUAUGAAUACAGCAGUGAAAUUGGAUACUUUGUUUAUAUGUAAUACAUCUUAUGAUACCUCAAAAGGAAUAAGUUUGUUA